GCUAGCUCCCAUCCCGGUAGCCGAGUGCGGGCUGCCUUAACGCGAGGCCAGGAUCGGCGCCGCUGCGGCCCGGAUCGCCCUUCGACGACCCCCACGGGGAAGCCCUCCAGCCGCACCCCGCGGCCAGGCCGCUUUCCGCUGCCGAAGCGCCCCAGAAACGCCGUCGUUGGAGCGGCUCCAGCGGCGAAGGCAGAACGCCCGCGCGGCGACGCGCGCGCCCCGGGACCCUCGGACGGGCCUUAAACCACGCCAGCCCCGCUCCUCGGGCCGCUCCUGGCACGAAGCGCCGCGGGACUCCUCGACGAGGAGGCCAACCCCGCCGCCGCCUCGUAAAGCACCGCCAUGUCGAGCGCCGUGGGCAUCCCGCCGGAUACGGUCAUCGGCCAGAAGUACCGCAUAAAUAGGAAGAUCGGCAGCGGCUCCUUUGGAGAGAUCUACUCCGGGACCGUCAUCUACCAGGACAGCAACCAGCAAGUCGCGAUCAAGUUCGAGAAGAGAAGCGCCAGGUGUCCGCAGUUGCGCCACGAGUUUAAAGUGUAUCGGGAAUUGCAGGGAUGUACCGGUAUUGGUAGGGUCAUGUACUUUGGCACCUAUAGAGAUUGUAAUGUGAUGGUCAUGGAGUUACUGGGACCUUCGUUGGAGGACCUGUUCAACCAAUGCGGUCGAAGGUUUUCUCUCAAGACAACUUUACAAUUGGCCGACCAACUUUUAGAGAGAGCAGAAACUUUACAUGAAAAUCACUUGAUCCACAGAGACAUAAAACCGGCGAAUUUCGUCGUGAGCCCCGGCGAUACGGCGGCCAUGGUCUUUUGCAUCGAUUUCGGCCUGUCGAAACGCUAUCGACAUCCUCAUACGUUACAACAUAUCCCGUAUCGCGAGGGUCGGUCGCUGACGGGGACGCCUAGAUAUGCCUCGGUAGCGAACCACCAGGGCGUCGAGACUUCGCGAAGAGACGACUUGGAGUCGAUCGGCUAUAUCCUCGUCUACUUCUUGCUUGGUAAACUCCCCUGGCAAGGUUUGAAAGUCCCACAUGGCGUCGCCGGCACCGCCUCGCAGAAACACCGAUUGAUCCUGGACAAGAAGACGACGACGCCUCUACCUGAGUUGUGUCGGGGCUGCCCCGUCGAGUUCCAGGAGUUCAUCCAGUACUGCCGGGAGCUCCAAUUCGACGCGAAGCCGAAUAUGACGUACGUCCGAAAUCUGUUCCGGGAUUUGUACCGGCGGCACGGCUUCGAGAACCCGAAGCAGUGGGACUGGGACACGGCCCGAGCGCCGUCGAGGCCCCUGUCCACGAAGAAGGACGACAACCGGCCGUCUACCUCGCAAGCCGUGCGGCCGGGCACCGCUGGAGCGGUGGCAAGACCUGGCACGGCGAACACCUUGGCCUUCAACGGCCGCGCAAGAAACCAGGAGAACGAGGAGCCCCAGAAGAAGCAUCAUGUUACCAUACCUAGACCCCAGUCGGCGCAGCCCGUGCCGAUCCAAAAAGAUCAACCCAAAAGACCGGGCACGGCCGGCGCCGUCGCGCAGCACAAGACUGAGACGGAGGAGAAGGGUGGCGGGUCUCAUGGCACCGGUGGACGGACGGGCCAGUCGCCCGCGUCCCAAGCGACGGCACCCGUGAUUCGCGGUUCUGGAUCGCAGCCCUCGAAUCCUAGUAGGGAGGAUCGGAGGACCUACAACCGCCAGGUCCAGAACCAGCAGCCUCCUAGACAACGAAGUGCGAGGGCCGGCGACGCGCAGCUCUUCGCGCGCGAGACGUCGUCGAGACCAAAAACGGCGCCGAAUCAGCCCGCCGUCGCGAAGCAGGCGGCGUUCUGGGGGGCCGCGUCCGGCGCGGCCCAGCCCCAGAAGAGCUCGUGGCGUUCUGAAAGGCAGCGGCCGCGGUCGCAAGCUGCUGCUGAGAGACCUGCGUACUCUGGGUAUGUGAUGGACACGAAUCCUGGUGGCUACGACUACCGGCAGCAGCGCGGCUCGUCCCUGUACCAGCAGAACGCCAUCCUCCAGGGCGCGUCGGGCCUGAUGCGGCACCGGCGCUCGUCGGCGAGGGAACGCGCCGCGCAGCAGGCGGGCUCGUUCCGGCCGUCGUCGGGCGGUUAUGGUUAUGGCUCCUACGGCAAUUUCGGUGGGCAGCAGCAGCCGAGCAUCUGGGGCCAUCAGCCGCCGCGCGGGUCGAGUGGUUACCAGCCGCGCGCUGGCGCGGCGCGGCCGACGUCCGCGGCGCGCAAAGCGACUCGUUCUCAGUCGCGGUCGCGGUCACGGGGGCGCUACUAAGGCCAUGGACAUAUAUAGACUCUAAGGUUACGAAGCGAUUCAUCGGGGAUGUACAUUGGCGUGGUCCCGCGAGGGAGGGUCAAGAAUUGGGGCCGCGUCAGCGGCGGAUCGGAAUAUGU